AGUACCUAUUAUCGAACAGAACCUGAUAUCGGACGGUUUGUUUUGGUUCUAUAUGCGCAUGCGCAAAAGUGCGCAUGACGUCACAUCCAUAAACAAAUGGUCAUUUAUGAAGUCCGUGACCUACUUGUCCACUAAGCUUGCAACAAAUGCGCCGAAAACAGUCUAAUCCUAAGAAGAUAAUUAAACACAGAGGUCUUUACUCACCAACAGCUCUUCACAAUGCAUACCUUAAAGUAAAAGACAGUGGCUUGCCAGUAAGAACUGUUGCAAAACAGUAUGGUGUUCCUCAUACUACACUAUGGGACCGUGUGAAAGGGGUUAUUGACCCUGAAUGCCUCAAACCCGGACCAGCUCCACUCUUCUCUCAGGAAGAAGAGGUCAAACUAGUUGACCAUGUCAAGACAAUGGCUGCCCUUGGGUAUGGUUAUACCAUCAGUGAAGUUGUAGCAAGUGCUACAAACUAUGCAGUGUUCCUUGGUAAAAGGCCAAAUGAUAAACCUUUGUCUGUGAAAUGGUUUAAGGGUUUCCAGCAGCGAUGGCCUGAGUUGCGAGUUGUUCGUCCGAGGGCACUGUCCAACUACAGAGCUGAAGCCACAUCAGAGGCCAAUGUUCAUGAAUAUUUCAACAAUUUGAUGAGCGUUGUUGAAAAACAUGACCUCCACAACAAACCUGAGUGUGUCUAUAACAUUGACGAAAAAGGUAUCCAAACAGAGCAUACCCCACCAUUCAUAAUAAGUGGCACAUUGAAGGCACCAGCAGUUACUUCGUCAAGGUCCUGCGUUACAACAAUAAUUGGAUGUGGAAACGCAUUAGGCACACAGCUUCCACCAUUCUUUGUUUUCAAAGGGAAACGCCUGAAUGCAGAUCUGUUACAAAGGUCUACACAAGGGUCAUCAGGGUGUAUGUCUGACAGUGGCUGGUCAAAUUCAGCUGUGUUUUUACACUACAUGGACACCCAUUUCCUCAGAUAUGUGCAAAGAGUGGACAAGUCACAGCCUAUCCUUGUUCUGCUUGAUGGUCAUAAAAGCCACAUAAAUGUUCCAGUGCUGGAUUGGGCAAAGAAGAAUAACAUUAUUCUAUUCAUCUUACCGGCCCACACAAGCCAUGUCCUUCAACCCCUUGAUGUGGGUUGUUUUGGACCCCUUCAAAAAAUCUACAACUCCAUGUGUCACAGAUUUAUCAGAGAAAAUCCCUCUACAAAAAUAACAAGGUACAAUGUUGCUCCUCUUGGAUCUGCUGCAUACGUAGCAGCAUUGUCUGUGGAAAAUCUUCGAUCUGCCUUCAAGAAAUCAGGUGUUUUUCCUGUUGACGAGUCAGCUGUUAGCAAGGAGCAUUUUACCACUUCGCUACCAUAUGUUGCUGAACCAUCUGUUCCUGAAAUCAACAAAAACAUGCAUGAAAGAAAUCCUGAUGUUUUCUUCUAUGAAGCAGAAGUUGUCAUUAACAAAAAGAAAGAAUUCAACAAUGCAAAGAAAAAGAAUAACAUUCUUGAAUUUACAUCUGGCAAAGAAAUAACAGAUCCGAUAAUUGAACAGAAACUCAGGGAAAGAGCUGAAACAACAAAUGAACAGAAAAACAAGCAACAAACUGAACAAUCCAACAAACAUUCGAAGCUUAUGCCCACAAAAGAAACAGCUUCACAAACAAGGAACAAACAACUGAAAAAAAAACAAUCAACAAAACAACACACUUACCCAGAGCCUGGACCCUCCCAUCUAAACACUGAUGUUGAAUCCUCUGAAGAUGAAGAUGAUGAUGAAACUUGUUGUGUAUGCAGCCUCUUUCAGCCAAAAGAACUUGCUAACUGCGUAUCAUUGAUAUUUGUAAAGUGGGCCAAGUGUGACUUUGAUAACUGUAGCCACUGGGUGCACUUGCAGUUUUGCACAGCCACAAAUGUUGUUAGGAGAAAUGACCCGUUCUAUUGUCCUUGCCACAAUAUUGCAGAGGAAUAGACUUGUGUUUUUGUGUUCAAAGCUACAUGCUUUUCUAAUUUUGUUAAUUUUCAUGUUUCAAAAAAAAAUGUUCAGUUUCAUGUUUGUUUAUAUUCACUGGAGUAGUAUUUAUGAACUGUUCGGUAAUAGGUCAUGUUUACAUCGGCCGCCAUUUUGUUUUGUCUGCUAGAGGUGACAAUAAACAAGGAAUCAUU